AUUCUUGUUACCCCAGUGUGCUAAAUGAGUUGUACGCCUCAGUCAAGCACCACAGGACUGAGUCACACAUAACCUUGCCAUGCGACUUUCGCUGACUUUCACAUGACUAUUGCCCACCCUACUACUAGUAGUAAGUCAUCUUGUCAUCUAAGCGCUUAGUUUAAUCAUACCAGCGUCUAUUGUGCCGAACGGCCCUCGAUAGCAUGGAAAUACACGUGCAGUCUGAGCGCUCAAGCUCUUAUUCUCUCCCUUUCAGCUGAACUCCAUCCGCAGUCCCAUAUCCCUACCCUCCGUCUUGUGUUACCACUCAGUUUGUACCCCACUCAAUCUCCGAUGCGCCGUACUGUUCGUCAUUUGUUUCGUCGCAUUCUCACGCCUGCUAGCCUUGCAAGCCAAUGCAUCAAACUUGAAAUCAUCAGCGCACAAAAUCCUGAAAUCCCUUCCAACCGCAUUCCCGCUGGCAUUUACGUAUCUAUCGAUGUGGACUCGAGGAGAUGCUGGAAAUCAGCCGUCAAAGUCUUAUCAUCCGACAAUUCUGUAGCGUGGGGUGAUGCUGUGACCCUAUCAUCACAGGCGUCACCUACAUUAUCAAUCGAGAUCAGGGCGUACUACGAGCUCGAUCGAAUGCUAGGCAAUGGCGAAGUCAUCGGAAAACUCAAAAUAUCGCGGGAUGAAUUGCUUGAUCAUGGAGAUGAGCCUUUUGAACUGUCCUUCCCACCUGUUCGUGGUGUCCACCCUUCCCUCACGUUAAAGACUGCUGUUGUACACGCCUGCGACAAUCUGGACGGCGCACUGUUUGUUUCCCACGCAGACUGUGAGAUUAUUACUCGAGAGACAGAUGCGGGCCACGCACGACUUGCCGAAUACAUGUCCAGCGGGACGGACUCUCACCUGAAUGAUGCUGUAGGGAAUUUUCAGCUGGUUCUGGACCAGUGUCUGGUCGGCCACCCUGACCGCGCAGCAGCUCUCACCAACCUUGCGUGGGCCCGCCUUGAAGGUUAUAUUCGAAAGGAUCUUCAAGACAUCGACAACAUCACUUCCCUCAUCUGCGAAGCCCUUGCAUUGCGUCCGCAUGGCCACCCCGAUCGCGCAUUAUCUCUCUAUUGUCUCAUUCGAACAUUGAUCUGGCGCUACAGCAGGGAGCGCACCGCCGUCUACAUUCACGAAUCCGCACAGCUGUGCUGCGAGCUACUGCCCCUCUGCCCAGAGGGCACCUACCUUCGUGGCAUCAGCCUUGACAACGCAGUCAAUUAUGUGAUCCCGGAAUGCAACAACCUUCCAACUGAUGCAUCCAAUGAAUGCAUCCGCCUUCGACGAAACAUCCUCGAAUUCUGUCCUGCGGGCCAUCAACACCAUCCCCACGCCCUUGGCGAGCUUGCACAAGCAGUUGAGGCACGCUUCGACCAGCAUGGCAGCGUUGAUGAUCUAGACGAGAGCAUACAACUUCGUCGUGAAGCUGUUUCUUUGUUCCCCGAGGGACAUUCCAGUCGUGAUACCUACCUGAAUAACUUGGCAUUAUCACUCAGCUCCCGCUUUGGUCACCAACGCAAAUUUCAUGACCUCGAGGAGGCCAUUACUUUGUACGAGGAAGUACUGCGCCUGCGUCCCGCUGGGCACAAAUCUCGUGAUUUCUCAUUGAGCAAUUUAGGGCUUGCCCUCUGCACCCGUUUCAUUGAACGCGGUGACAUUGAUGAGAUCACCCGAGCUAUCAGCCUCCAUCGCGAGGCAUUGGCGUUGUGCCCAUCUGGGAAUUCAAGUCGUGACACCAUGCUCAACAACCUUGCCCACGCGCUUCAAACCAAAUUUGAAAAAUUGCAUGCCAGCGAGGAAUCUGCCGAGGAUCUUAACGAGGCCAUUGAUCUGUAUCGUGAAUGCCUUCGGCUACAGGGGCAUGAUCAUCCCAAUCGCCAUACAGCUCUUCACAAUUUGAGCUCGGCGCUCUGCUCUGCUUUCACGCGAACUCGGAAGAAUGAAGAUGUUAAGGAGGCGAUUGAUCUCUGUGAAGAAUCAUUGUUGUUAUUGCCUUCAUUGCACCCGGAUAGAUGCUUGAGCUAUGUGAGGCUGCAGGAGGCCUAUUUGGCUCGUUACCAAGUGCACAACAACCCUGCCGAUUUGUCACUUGCAAUGGAGAACUUCAGAUUGGCAUCACGACACCCUACUCGAGGAUUUCCAGACCGCAUCCACGAGGCGAUUAAUUGGACAGUUGCAGCGGAGGAGUACAGCCACGCCUCCGCACUGGAAGCCUACAAAACAUUUUUCGAGCUUCUUGACAGACAUCUCGUAGCACAAUCUUCAAUUGUUGCCCGACGCGAAUCUAGUUCUGCUUUUCGUCGUCCCAGUGCAUUUCCUGUGAAAGCGGCAUCAUGUGCUAUCCGCCUCGACAAUCUACGAGGCGCCGUUGAACUCGUGGAGCAGGGCCGUGGUCAGCAAUGGUCGCUGGCCUCUCGCCUAAGGAGUCCACUCGAAGACCUCAAGUUCACAGAUCCAAUCCUAGCUCACAAGUUCUCAGAGCUCAGCAAGCGUCUGUCUGACGCUCAAGGUUCCGCAGGCAGCACAGACCGAGCUGCAGCGGAUCGCGCAGCAAUCAAGUACAGGAAACUGACGAAUCAGUGGGACGCUGUGGUAGCUCAAAUCCGCAAUCUUCCAGCUUUCUCGCGAUUCCUGCUCCCGCCAUCGUUUGCAGAGUUGCAAGUGGCAGCACGUCAUGGACCAGUCAUCAUCCUCAUUGCAAGUCAAUACUCAUGCAGCGCCAUCAUUGUCCCGACGUCAGGGGAACCCCGCCACGUUUCCUUCCCACGCAUCACUCUCGCAGAUCUGGAGCAGCUCAAGGACGAUUUUGCUACGACAAUCCGGCACACGGCCCGUAUGCACCCAAGGAAGCCGAGGGAGAAGUUACAAAGACGCUUGCGAGUAGUAUGGGACGAGAUCAUGCUACCCAUCGUAAAUGUCCUCCAGGAUGAUCUUAAAUUGCAGCGUCGGUCUCGAAUAUGGCUGUGUCCGACGGCAGCCUUCACGUCCAUUCCCCUCCAUGCAGCUAACCCCUUUCGGUCGAGGGCAGACCGCUCAGGGCCAGAAGCAUGCCUGGAGGAUAUAUUCAUCUGUUCUUACACGCCAACGCUCUCGGCUCUGAUCAGGUCUCGACAGAGGAUGGAGACUUGCGUCACGCAGACCUUCGCAGCGAUCGGACAAGGUGAACCUGGCGCAGGGCAAGGCAACGUGCUCCCCGCUGUCAACAUCGAGCUUGAGCUUGUCCGUGAACACAUUCCUCCCAACAUCAAAUUCACCAAUCUUUCAAAAGAUGAAGCCACUCAAGCAGGUGCACUCGAUGCUUUGCGACUAAACACCUGGGUGCACCUCGCUUGUCACGGGAAGCAAGACCUUGAGCAGCCAUAUAAUUCAAGUUUCGCCAUGAGAGACAAACCCCUUACGCUACUCGACAUCAUGGAGAACAAUUCUCCGCAAGCCGAAUUCGCGUUCUUGUCGGCGUGUCAUACCGCCGUCGGCGAUGAGGAGACGCCUGAUGAAGCCGUCCACCUCGCAGCUGGACUCCAGUUUUCCGGUUUCAAGAGCGUUGUGGGGACACUGUGGGGGGUCAAUGACGCGCUCGCAAAACACUUUGUGGAAGCUUUCUACGAGAAGAUGUUCGAGGAUAUGGAGGAUGGUGUCAUGGACUGCACGAACGCGGCACAUGCAGUCAACCAUGCUAGAGACUCCAUGAAGAUGAAGGUGCCGCUCGAGCAGAGAAUCGUUUUCGUUCACAUCGGUGUGUAGUUCCUACUGUAUUGCAUUCGACUGGUACGGAUUCACGGGUUUUUAUAUUGUAUUCUCUUUCGUCCUGUCGUUUAUAGUCACGACCGCG